CCCACCUUUCCCCCCCCAAUACCACCACCACCGCCACCCAAGACUCGCUUAGGAAUCACGCAUCCAAACUGGGAUCUAUGAGUGGAAAAGUGACCAAACCAAAAGAAGACAAGGAUGCUGCCAAAGUUCUGGAUGACGCUGCCCCUGGCACACAAGAGUACUAUGUGUUACAUCGAGAUUCUAUCCAAUCUGCGGAUGUUAAGAAAAAAGAGUCCCCAUUUCGUGCUAAGUGUCACGAAAUCUUCUGCUGCCCUCUGAAGCAAGUGAACCACAAAGAAAACACAGAGCCGGAAGAGCCUCAGCUUAAAGGCAUAGUAACGAAGUUAUACAGCAGACAAGGUUACCAUUUGCAACUGCAACCAGAUGGCACCAUUGAUGGAACAAAGGAGGAGGGCAGUAGUUACACUUUAUUCAACCUCAUACCAGUGGGGCUUCGAGUAGUCGCUAUUCAAGGUGUGAAAACAGGGCUAUAUAUGGCAAUGAACAAUGAGGGAUAUCUUUAUACAUCAGAACAUUUCACACCUGAAUGCAAGUUCAAGGAAUCGGUAUUUGAAAACUACUAUGUGACAUAUUCAUCCAUGCUAUACAGACAACAGCAGUCUGGUAGGGGCUGGUACCUGGGUCUUAACAAAGAGGGAGAAAUCAUGAAAGGAAAUCACGUGAAGAAAAAUAAACCAGCGGCCCACUUUCUCCCCAAACCAUUAGAAGUUGCCCUCUACCGAGAACCAUCACUUCAUGAGCUUGCAGAAGUACUGUCGAGGUCUGGAACCCCCACAAAAAGCAGAAGUGCUUCUGCAGUUCUAAACGGGGGGAAAACGGAUCAAACAUUCCCAGAACAGUUAUAGCUUGGUCAGAUGCAGAGUAAAGCUCCCUCUACUCUUCCCCCAACAACAUGCUUCAGUCCCAACUUCAGAAGCGCACCAGCCACUGGAUCAGUGUGAAUUUUUCUUCUUUCCACGCCAGACAGACAUCCUUAUGAUCGUCGUGAUCAACAUUACCAAUAUUUGGUAAAUUGUAAGGAGUUUUAUAAUAUCGGCCUUAACAAGGUACUGGUUAAGAACUGCCCAAACUUAUUUCAAAUAGGACACAAAGAGCAAAGAGAACUUUGACUCAAAGCCAAGAUAUGAAAAAGCAGUAUUGAACCUUGCACCACUCCAUUACACAAUGAUGCUAAUUUCAAAUAUUUAUAUUUUUUGCAGUUUUCAUGGUAUGAGUAGGAUAACAUUAAAUAGGAUUAACAACAGCUUGAGCAGAACUGAAUGGAUGCAUUACAUUAUGGAGAUAUAUAUGUCAAUUAUGUGUUGCAUACAGUCUGCUAUACACCACAGAACUCAUUACACGGCACUAAAGUUGGUUUUAGAAGCGCUCAAAGUUGAGCUAAAAAAAAAACACGUUCUCCUGAGUCACAGGUUUCUGUAAAUGGUUGAAUGUUUGGCUUUAAUGAUGGAAAUUGCAUGGUUAAUCCACUCCUGGAAUAAAUUCACCCGCAUCCAAUGCCUAUUCUCUUGUUAACCCGCAGUAGUUGUAACAAACCAUGGAUUCCACAUGUUCUAUAAAUGCAAAAUAUACAGCCAAUAAUAAUCGCCCUCGCCAUAUUUCUGAUUAUUUUUAUUUUUAUCUACCCUUUGCCUUUAAAAUACUUUUGUCUUUCACUUUUUUCUCUGCUACCUCUUUUCAAGUAUUACUCUUUCCAUUUAAACAUCCCCUCCCUAUAUUACUUGUAAUCAAUCUCAUUCUUCCUGCCUUUUGCCUAAUUUCACUAAUUGUCCAAAAAACACUGACCUUCACAAUGAACUCAAGGCACCAAUAAUUCACUAAACAUAUCCGUAUUUCUGUCUUUCUGUCCUCCUAGUUUAUAAUACCAGCUGUUCUGACCUAGAAAUUUCCUCAAUAAAUUGCUGAGGCUACAGAUAACCUUUACAAUGCUGGAACAACCAGAACACAACAGCAGCAGUGAUUAAAUAUCAUUUUAUUUAAAAAAAGAGAAAAGGUAGUUGUCAUUUACUAGGUACACUAUUUUGGAUCUGUUGAAGGGUCCAGAAUGAGGAGUGACAUCUGAGGCAAUACAACGGCAGAUAGUUGGCACAUAUGCAUGUAGACACAGUACAUAAAACAAUACUGUUUUAUCUGCCUUAAAAGAAGAUGAUUUAUUUUCAGCAGUUAAGGUUUCAUUUUGUUACUUUGCUUUUCUGAGAAUAUUCAGGUAUGUUUUUCCCAUUCAUAUUUUUAUAUGUUCUGAUCUUUAUCUAUUUUGCCUGAUGACUGUAGCUCAGAGAGUAGAAAAAUAGAUGGUUAAUGAUUGGGAGCACUGAGUAACCUUUGCACAAAGCUCUCCAUUUGGGUGCAGCACCAGAUACACCAGAACUUCCAAUGCAGGAAGUGUUUUUCCUGUCUCUUUUCUCAUCCUCAUGUUUAUUGGUGGUUGCAUGUGAUGAUAUUUUUUUUUCCUGAUAGUUUUAGGAGGUAUUAAUGUCAUCUUAAGUUACAUAAUGAGAGUGGGAGGGAAUUCUAUUCAGAGGGGUAGGUCUUGAUUUGCUUGCAGGGUGAGAAUUAAAUUAAUGUUAGUACUGCAGUUUCGCCCACAAAAUAUAUAGUCAAUUCACUUAAU